AUGGUGCGUUUAUCUUCCAUUGCGGUAUGCAACAAGGAGCAGCGCACGCGGGCGCGGGCGCGGACGCCGACCGGCGCGGACGCCGACCGGAGCGGACGCCGACCGGCGCGGACGCCGACCGGAGCGGACGCCGACCGGCGCGGACGCCGACCGGAGCGGACGCCGACCGGCGCGGACGCCGACCGGAGCGGACGCCGACCGGCGCGGACGCCGACCGGAGCGGACGCCGACCGGCGCGGACGCCGACCGGCGCGGACGCCGACCGGAGCGGACGCCGACCGGCGCGGACGCCGACCGGAGCGGACGCCGACCGGAGCGGACGCCGACCGGCGCGGACGCCGACCGGAGCGGACGCCGACCGGAGCGGACGCCGACCGGCGCGGACGCCGACCGGAGCGGACGCCGACCGGCGCGGACGCCGACCGGCGCGGACGCCGACCGGAGCGGACGCCGACCGGCGCGGACGCCGACCGGAGCGGACGCCGACCGGCGCGCCCGCCGCGCUCCUCCUCCUAA